ACCCACCCAACCAGCAAAACCGAAGCUAUUGGAAAACUUUCCUGUGUGCCAAAGCGAGAGAGCAUGUCUUCUUUCUCUAGAUUUUGGACGGCACAACGCCGAUCGUGUGGCCUAUGAACGAAAAACGGGAGAAGGGGAAAUCGAUAUCCUUCGAGUAACACACACGCAUGCAUCUGCAUGCGUAUUCCGCUGAACCGAGACUACCCAUCUCUCUCGAUCUCCCAUGAUUUUUCUGCUAUCACACUCAUCCGGGUGUUAGGCAUCCUCAGUCUGUCCAGAACUUUCACUGUGGAAGGAUGUGUUGGAGUGAUGUGUGAUUUCUUGUGCCCCGUACUUUGCUCGUCUACGUUUUGUGCCGUGUUCCUUCUUCUUCAAUUAUGGAAUGAUUUAUCCUUGUAAAUUUCUAAGGUAAGUUUCUUAUCCUCGUGUGUGCUUCAAUGGAUACAUUCAACUAACGCUUGUCGUCUAAAAAGUUACAGUGCACGCGCAUGUUAAUCGACGGUUGCCAACAUCCCGCAAAACGAUCGACAGAAGGAAAACGGUGUCCGGUUUUAAAAUAUAAAGAUUUCAUUACAGCUCUGUCGUAGAAGAGCGUACUUCAAGGACGCCUAGGAUACGGCUAAACAUGCGCAGCACCAGUCCGUGACGUCAUUUCCAGGCAGGCGCCGGCUGAACACGCGCAGCACCAGUCGAGGAUAUCCUAGCGCAGAGGGUAGAAGGAAGAACGAGAGGAAGGGUAAUAGAAAGCAACCGCAGCAUUUGGAAGGGGUGAAGCAUCCUGCCGUAUACAGAGUGUGAGUGUGCCAAAACGCAUGUGGAAAGAGUAACACUAAUAAAUAGCAUGCGAAAGUGUGCAUAAAGCAAAAAGAAAAAGCGUCACUACUACAACCAGCAAUCCGAAAAUAUAAGGGGAGGGAUAAAUACAAAUGUAUGCGUAAGCAGGACCAGCAAUCCAAGCAUUUGAAUGUGUGCGUCGGUUUGUGCCGUGCUGAAAGUUUUUACUUUAGCUGCUGCUAGUGUAAAAACUUAAGGAAAGCUUAAAGUAAAAAUUUUUUACACGGGGCGCCUUCGGAAAUUGUUGGCUGGGCACGCGUGUGUGGGUGAGUGCUCGAGAGGCCGAAAGGGAAGAGGUUCGGGUUCGGGACAUGCCAUGGCAUUCGGCAAGCGUACGAGCAGGGAACGGGUUGGCAGAGAGCGAUAGGCGAACCUUUUUUGUAGUUAAUUUUUCACUGUUUUUCUUACUUUGCUCUAAUUGAUUAGAUUUGCUUAAGUACAUAGUUCAACUUUCGUUAAUCUUUUCCGUGAAAAUAAAGGUAUUGUUAAAGCUGAACUCACAAACGCCUACUACGCGCCUCCUUGUGCUUACACUCUUUUGCCUACAAAAAAGGGUUCUUCAGUGCGUUAAGUGUAAUAGUGAAGAACAAUGGGACCGAAGAAAGCACGUGGUUGCAAGGCUUGCGGUAACCAGGUCGACGACACUUUGUACGUGCAGUGCGAUGAAUGUGAUGCGUGGUGGCAUUUCUCGUGUGCCGGUAUAACGGCAUCCGUAGAAGCCGUGGAGAAAUGUGCGUGGUUGUGCGAGGAGUGUGCCAGGAAGACACUAAGAGAGCAAUCAUCGCCACGCGGGGGCAAUAAGGAGCCCAAGGAAGGAACCUCGAAACACGUGGAUGGGGAUCUCGUUCGUAGCCUUAGUUUGGAAGCAGCGACGGAUGGCGGGGCGCGCCCGGUUACAAACCCACAGAGGCGGCCGCUUUUAUCGCUCGAAGAGGCCAACGACGAGAUAGCGCCAGGAACAUCGACCCACGUGGCAGAGGGACCCGUACAUAACCUCAACCAGGUUGCUGCGACGGAAGGCGGGGUGCGCCCGGUCAUGACACCAAAGAGGCGGCCGCUUUCAUCGCUCGAUGAGGCCGACGGAGGUAAAACGUCUGUCUCAUCGAACCUCGUGCACAGGGGAUCGUGUCCUAACCUCAACCUGGAUGCGGCAAGUGAUGACGUGGCACGUCAACUCGCCGUGCUGAAGCAGCGAUAGGAGGUGGAGAAACGGCGCAUGGAGCUUGAACUGCAGCUGAAGCUCGUGCAGGAGGAAGAAGCACUUCUCGGGUUUGGGGAAAAUAAGUCUUUUUCAAUUUCACCACAACUUAACUCUUUUCAGACUGAAAAGAGAACAGUGAAACGCAGCGAAGAAGAAGAAGAGGAACCAGACCUAACUCCACGACAAGAGGCUGCGCGGCACAUGGUUUCUAAAGAGCUCCCAGUUUUCUCCGGUGAUCCCGCUGAGUGGCCGAUUUUUAUAUCGCACUACGAGUAUACUACCAGGCGAUGUGGAUACUCGAAUUGGGAGAAUAUACUACGCCUGCAAAAGAGCCUGAAAGGACCUGCCCUCGAAGCUGUUCGGAGUCGAUUGGUGUUACCGGACGUAGUUCCGCAGGUUAUCGAGUAGCUACGUUCCAAAUAUGGGCGGCCGGUGCACUUAAUUAAAACAUUCAUCGAGAAGGUGCGGAAGAUUCCGGCGCCCCAAACUGACAAGCUGGACAGUUUAGUCGAGUAUGGGGAAGCAGUGCAGUGUAUGGUGGACCAUAUGGUUGCGGCUGGUGAACGUGCGCAUAUCACCAACCCGCUCUUGCUGCAAGAGGUGGUCGGCAAGUUACCAACGGAUCAACAGUUGCGUUGGUCGCAUCUCGGAAUGACAUCGGUGGAUCUGUCCACAUUCAGCGACUACAUGGAGGAUUUGGCCGAAGAAGCUGCGAGGCUGACGACGAUUGACUCUCCUUCAGUGCGCGGGACCAGCAAGGGAAGGCCUACGAAGGGCUACGUCCACGCACACGUGGAUCCAGAUGGAGCGACAACGUCCAGCGCGGCUGAAAGGCGGUGUGUAUCCUGUAACGUCGCGGGGCAUGUGUUGUCGACAUGCACUAAUUUUCGAGGACUGCCGGUAAAGGAUCGAUGGAGGCGAGCGCGUGAGCUAUCGGUGUGCUUUAGCUGCCUGGAGAAGCACAAUUGGCGAUCGUGCAAAAAUCGCUCUCGUUGUGGAAUCAACGAUUGUGCAUUCCGACAUCACGCGCUUCUACACGACCCGGAUACAUCAAUAGAGUCGCCUUCUACUGCAGAUCGAGAACGGCGGCACUUCCCGAGAACCAGUGGAAGUCAGACGCACCAGGUAAUAAAUAAUUAUCAUCAGUCGAAUCCGAUGUCGGCGCUUUUUAGAAUCGUUCCAGUAACAGCGUAUGGACCCGGAGUGAUGAUAAAAACCUUCGCGUUCCUGGACGAAGGUUCGUCAAUGACGCUGAUGGACGAAGACCUGGCAAAGCAGUUAGGGGUGAAGGGAGAUAGACGACCUCUAUGUAUCAAGUGGACAGGUGAUACGACUAGGGUCGAGCCGGCGUCGAUGAUGAUCGAUUUACGGACCUGUGACGUCGACAAAAAGGUUCACCCUGAAAGCUGUGCGGACUGUCACCAGCCUUAGCCUCCCACAGCAAACUUUCACGAUGGAUGACGAGAGAUGGGAAAAUCUUAAGCAGCUGCCAUUACCGGAGUAACGUGAUGCUCGGCCACAGUUGUUGAUCGGGCUGGACAACCUUCGAUUGGCGGUGCCGCUGAAGACGCGUGAAGGCCUUGCAGGGGAACCGGUUGCCGUAAAGACUCGGCUUGGAUGGUGUGUGUACGGAAAGACGGCUGGAAGCCAAAUCGGAAGGGUGCUGCAUAUGUGCGAGUGUGGAGCAUCGGACGAAAACUCCACCAUCCAGGGGGCCUUACGCAAGUUUUAUGAGUUGGAGCAACUCGGGACAGUCUCCAGUGACGUGCCUGAUCCAGAUGAACGAAGAGCACUGACGAUCCUGGAAACAACGACGGUGCGGAUUGGUAAUCGGUUUGAAAGCGGUCUGUUGUGGAAGACAGACAACGUGGAGCUUCCUUCGAGCUUGGGUAUGGCGCGUCGCAGGCUAGAAUGCCUGGAAAGAAGAAUGGAACGUGACCCUAAGCUGAAAACCGUGGUGCACCAUCACAUAGCCGAUAUGAUGGAAAAGGGUUACAUCCACAAGGCGACGUCUGCUGAGCUUGCAGAGUGUAAUUCGAAGCGAAUUUGGUACCUGCCAUUGGGAGUGGUUACCAAUCCGAAGAAGCCAGGGAAGGUGCGCAUCAUCUGGGACGCCGCUGCUAAGGUACAAGGUACGUCCCUAAAUGACAUGUUGCUGAAGGGGCAGGACGAGUUAAUUUCUUUGCCAGGGGUGCUGUUCCGGUUUCGAAUGUACGGGAUAGCGGUGUGCGCUGAUGUCAAGGAAAUGUUCCUGCAAAUACGCAUGCGCGACGAAGACAAGCAUGCGCAGCGGUUCCUGUGGCGGGAAGAUCAUGCUGACGAUAUCGCAACGUAUUUCGUGGACGUCGUUACCUUUGGGUCAGCCUGCUCCCCAGCCACCGCACAAUACGUGAAAAACCGGAACGCCAGGGAACAUGCCGAAAAAUACCCUCGUGCCGUACGUGGCAUCUUGACCAGCACGUAUGUCGACGACUAUUUGGAUAGUUUCGGAACACUCGAAGAAGCCAGUCGAGUAUCCAGAGAAGUCAGGGGAAUCUUCUCGAACGGCGGGUUCGUACUCCGGAACUGGGUUUCCAACAAUCCGGUUGUUUUGGAACGGCUGGGCGGCGAAAGCUCCAGUCCCGGUAUGAAGAGUUUGACCUCUACGGCGGAUGAUGGAGAACGGGUGCUCGGAUUGCGAUGGAACCCGAGCUCGGACCAAUUGUCCUUUUACACGCAGGCGUGCGUGGGAAUGGCGGAGAUAUUUGAGACAGAGCGUACCCCUACCAAGCGAGAAAUGCUCAAAUGCGUGAUGUCACUUUUUGAUCCGCUUGGACUGUUGGCAAAUUUUACUAUCCAUGGAAGGAUCUUGAUUCAAGACCUUUGGCGAGCUGGUACCGGUUGGGAUGAGGCCAUCAGUCCCAGUCAAAUGCGAGAUUGGCGUAGAUGGGUGGAUGUUUUUCCUCUGAUAGCCCAGCUUAGGAUUCCGAGGUGCUACUUCCCGGAGACACGAGAGAAAGUGUACGAGAAUGCGGAACUACACUUGUUUGUGGAUGCCAGCCAGCUAGCGUACGCAUGCGUGCUGUAUUUACGGGUCGUCGAUUCUGAAGGAGAACCGCAUUGUACCAUGCUAUGCGGAAAGGCAAAGGUUGCCCCUCUGAAGCCUUUGACGAUACCAAAGAUGGAGUUACAAGCCUGCUUGUUAGGUGCACGGCUUCUGAAGUCCACGGAACAGCAUCACCCGAUUCCUGUUAAAAAACGGGUGCUCUGGACGGACAGCACGGUGGCGCUAUCAUGGAUACAUGCCGACCCUAGGAAUUACAGGCCAUUUGUCGCGAAUAGAGUGGCGGAGAUUCAGGAGAACACCAACGUGAAUGAGUGGCGAUGGGUGCCCACUCAGGACAAUCCAGCAGACGAAGCUACCAAAUGGAAAGGGCGUGCGAACUUCAACUGGGAUGGCAUUUGGUUCCAGGGUCCAUCAUUUCUGCUGCAGGAUAAAGAGUCUUGGCCGACGAGAAGACUCGUUUCAACUACUCCGGAGGAAGAGAUACGGCGGGUCAACCUUCACCGUGAGAAGUUGAAUCCUGGACUUCUCCCUCUGAAAGCUGAACGCUUCAGCCGCCUGGAAAGGAUGAUCAGGACGUUGGCGUGGAUUGUCAGGUACGUGGACAAUUUGAUGAGAAAGGUGGGAGGAGCCCCUCUACACCUUGGGAUCCUCUCUCAAGACGAAUUGGAGAGAGCGGAGACGAUUGCGGGGAAGCAAGCGCAAGGGGAAUAUUUUUAGGAUGAAGUACGAGUCCUGAGUGUCGGUGAGGGAACAGGAAGGAGUACCGUGCCUAAGGAUAGAUAUGGCCUCUUACCCUACGUGGAUGAGCGUGGUGUUUUGCGCAUGCGAGGACAGAUUGGAGCAGCUCCGGAACUGCCAUAUGCUGCCAGGUACCCAAUCGUAUUACCACGUGACGCAUGGAUAACCCACCUGCUGGUGGACAAAUUUCAUCGCCGGUUUCGACACGCCAAUAACGAAACCGUGGUGAACGAAUUGAGGCAGUAUUUCCAGAUCCCAAAGAUGAGACGGUUGGUUUCAAAAGUGGUUCGGCAAUGCGUGUUCUGCCAUAUACGACGAACAUUGCCACAGAUCCCCCCGAUGGCUCCAUUACCGAAACAGCGGCUCACUGCAUUCGUGAGGCCGUUCACAUUUGUGGGACUGGACUACUUGACUGGACUAGGGACUGGACUAGGAGAGGAAUAGCACAGGAGAAACGAUGGGUGGCGCUUUUCACAUGCCUAACUAUAAGAGCAAUUCAUUUGGAAGUCGUGAGUAGUCUUUCCACAGAUUCCUGUAUUCUGGCAGUGAGACGCUUUGUGGCCAGGAGAGGCGCUCCCGCUGAGGUGUUCAGCGACAACGGGACGAAUUUCGUGGGAGCCAGCCAGCAGCUAAGGAAGGAAAUCGACGAGGGCAACGAUGCCUUAGCUGCGACCUUUACCAACGCGAACACCCGAUGGACAUUCAACCCCCCUGGCGCACCCCAUAUGGGAGGGGUAUGGGAACGCAUGGUGCGAUCGGUGAAGGCUGCUAUGAGUACGAUGACGGAACUACAGCGUACACCCGAUGAUGAGACGCUGCUUACGGUGAUAGUGGAAGCGGAGGGAAUGAACCGCCCUCUGACGUACAUCCCGCUGGAAUCGGCGGAUCAGGAGUCUCUUACUCCUAACCACUUCUUGCUGGGCAGUUCAUCGGGAGUGAAGCAGAGACCGGUGGCACCGACUAGCCUUCAGACGGGGUUACGGAGCAACUGGAAAAUGGUGCGACAUAUCCUGGACGGAUUUUGGAGACGGUGGAUAAAAGAGUAUCUUCCGGUGUUGGCGCGGCAAAGCAAAUGGUUUGAGGCCGUGAGAGAGAUUGAGGUAGGAGACAUGGUUCUGAUAGUCGACGGUUGUGUUAGGAAUCAGUGGAAGAGAGGGUUAGUAGAACGUGUGGUUUCGGGAACCGACGGGCGGACACGACAAGCUUGGGUGCGAACAAGCACAGGAACCCUCAGAAGGCCGGUGGCUAAACUUGCCUUAUUAGAGUUAAGAAAGGGUGACCAAUAGCGUAUUGGUCACGGGCUGGGGGAUGUUACGAAAAGAAAGUUCUAAGUAGGCGAGCCCUGCAACGGGUUCUACCAAACCGGGCGAAAUGUGCAGCGAGAGUAGAAAUGAUCGGGCGAACCCGAUCGUGGCCGGAACGCGAUGAACACCCACGCAUGUGUGGGUGAGUGCUCGAGAGGCCGAAAGGGAAGAGGUUCGGGUUCGGGACAUGCCAUGGCAUUCGGCAAGCGUACGAGCAGGGAACGGGUUGGCAGAGAGCGAUAGGCGAACCUUUUUUGUAGUUAAUUUUUCACUGCUUUUCUUACUUUCCUCUAAUUGAUUAGAAUUGCUUAAGUACAUAGUUCAACUUUCGUUAAUCUUUUCCGUGAAAAUAAAGGUAUUGUUAAAGC